AUAUUUAGUCAAAAUUAUUUUACUCAAAGCGAUGGGAUAAAGUGUAUCCUUUUGAAACAAAUCUUAUUAACCUUGAAAUUACAUUUAUCAAAACAACUGAACAUGGAACAUUCAUAAACAUCAGAAUAACAUCGAGUGAAUUUAACUCAAAAUGGAACUGGUUUUCCAUUAAUUUUUACUGUCUUGUAAUAAAACAAAGAACAUGACAAGAUAUGUCAGUGAGAAGAGGAAGACCAACUGUACCCCCAACGUACUUUAGGGAUGUUUUUAGCAAACUAUAUAAAGAAGAUUUUCGCAGGUUUCUCUUGAAAAAUAGAUCUCUUGCACCACUACAGUUCCUUGACUUGAUUUCUGAAAUAAACAAAAUACAAGAUAAAAAUUUUAAACAAUACAAAGUUAACCAAGUUUGGAGGAGAUUUUUUAAAACCGAUAAUGGGGAUGCCUUGCAGUGUUCGGACAGAAUAAUUGAUCUAUUGUCUACAAGUGAAUAUGUGACUAUACCAUUCUUGAAAGCAGCCUACCCUAUAGUCCUUAAAGCCUUAGAAUAUAACUGGUUCCGGAAAUAUGAAGAAACUUUCCGCCAAUCCGAACAAUCUCAGAAGCGACCAAAAUUUGAACUCCUAAUGUCCUUCAAAAGAGCAAUGAGGAAAAUCAGUGGUAGUAACAUUCUUAGGAAAAUAGGUUAUUUGCUUACUGAAAUCAGAAAACACGGUCUAUCUUCUACACUCUCAGACUAUAUAGAAUGCUUAUACCAAGAACAACUACGUGAUAUUCAAGAAAUAACUGAAGAAAAGCUGAACAGAAGAAGAAUAAGUCAUCUGAAACCCAGAUUGAAGUAUUUAAAACUGUCAGAGUAUCGAAUAUUGAAAAUGAGAGUGGAUUUCUUUAUUGAGGCAUUAAGUUAUAAGAAAGCAUUUCAAAAUUACAAAAAGCAUUGCUAUUUACCAGUAGAAAAGCGGCGAAUGAAGAAUAAAGCACAAAGCAUAAUUAAGACGUUCCUCAGUACAGAAAAUUUUACAUAUUCACCCUUAAAUGUCUCACCAACUUUACUGUCAGAAGCAAUAAUGAAAUUUAAGAGAGAAGGUAUUUCACAUGGACUGUUUCAUAAUUUAGCACUUGAUGUCUUACCAUCAAUUUAUAAAGCUUGGGAUAUCAUGCAUCUAGAACAAAAUGCAUGUGGUGGAAGAGAAAAAUUUAAAGCAAAAGUGAAAUUAAGGCUAAAAGUAAUUCAAAGUGACAUUACAAGACAUAACAUACUUGGUAAAAAUGAUCUUUCUUCAUUCAUGGAAGGCACCGGUCGCAAUGCAUGGUCUGUAUGCUUAGGAGUGCCUAAGACUUGGAGUUCACAUGCUUGUGAAGUGGAACAUGACAAAUCAACACGAAAGCAACAUGGAAGCUCUCCAUCUUAUAUUCUAUAAUCUUUUAAACAUAGCCAAGAUAUUGUGACUUUUUUUUCUGUUUUUUUCUGGGUUUUUUUUUUCUUUUCACAUUUAUUUCUGAACCACAUUCACAUCUUGGAUUUACAUCAGACCAACUUAAAACAAAAGUUCAGAUGUGUCACGCUACUGAAAUAAAAUGCAUUUGUACAUAU